AUGGCGUCCCUCAUGAACGUCGGACCUAUAGCAUCAGACCAACCCAGUUACUCCUUCGCAAACACAUCAGCACCCAACGAGGCCUCAGGACACCGACAACAUGGCUUCUAUCCAUACACAGACAACGGCGGCUCAACGCUAGGCAUUACCGGCAAAGACUUCGCGAUUCUCGCAGGCGACACACGUUCAACGUCCGGAUACAGCAUCAACUCACGGUUCGUGCCGAAACUGUUCAAGAUCGGGGAUGACGGAGAGCAAAGCUCGCGGAUCGUUCUGUCGGUCGUUGGGUUCGCCGCCGACGGCAACGCGCUCAAGGAGCGCCUGGAUGCCAUCGUCAAGAUCUACAAGUACCAGCACGGCAAGCCCAUGAGUGUCAAAGCCUGCGCCCAGCGCCUCUCCACCAUCCUUUACCAGAAGCGUUUCUUCCCGUACUACGUACAUGCCAUCCUGGGUGGAAUCGACGAGGACGGUCAAGGUGCGCUAUACAGCUACGACCCUGUGGGCAGCUACGAGCGUGAGCAGUGCAGAGCGGCAGGCGCUGCUGCAAGUCUGAUCAUGCCGUUCCUUGACAAUCAGGUCAACUACAAGAAUCAAUAUAUUCCCGGAUCAGGUGAAGGACUGGCGUUGGCGGAAAAGCCCAAGGAGAGCUUGCCGAGAGAUAUCGUGCUAGGUCUGGUCAAGGAUGCAUUCACCAGUGCCACCGAGAGACAUAUUGAAGUCGGUGACGGUUUACAGAUCUUCAUCAUUACCAAGGAGGGAAUCGAGGAGCAGAUUGUGCCUUUGAAGCGCGAUUAA